AUGAAAGUCUGUGGGAUUGUCCUGAUGGCCUUGACUGUUGUGGCAGUGAUGGUAAAUGCUGACAAUCUUUUUAAACAGGAAAUCCCAGAAAUAACAAUUUUUGGUGAUGAAAAGAGCAUUUCAGAGAUAAACAAGGGUCUAAUGGUGGAUGACAUCAGAACAUUAAACAUAGCAAGAAGUUCAAUUAUUCCAGAAACUUCACUUUGGAAUUCUCCUGUUCCAUAUGUUUUGGGAAAUGAUCUAGAUCUGAAUGCAAAAGGAGUCAUCCUGAAAGCCUUCGAUCAGUUCAGACUGAAGUCAUGCAUCGACUUUAAACCGAGGAACAGUGAGGAUUACUACAUUACUGUGCAAAAACUUGAUGGUUGUUGGUCAUACAUCGGUCGAAGCAGAAUAAAUGGACAGGAACUGUCUAUUGGACAAAACUGUGACCAGAUUGGUAUAGUUGAACACGAGUUUUUCCAUGCUCUGGGUUUUUACCACGAACAGUCCAGAUAUGACCGUGAUAAUUAUGUCACUAUUCAUCUGGAAAACGUUAUUGAAGGUUUUGAGAAUAAUUUUGAUAAAGUUUCUGCAGACAGUAGCACCACCCAUGGCACUGCAUAUGAUUAUUGGUCUGUGAUGCACUAUGGUAAAAAUGAUUUUUCUAAUGGAAAUGGUUCCACAAUUACUACAAACAACGUGGCAUACCAAGACAUAAUCGGUCAGAGAUAUGAAGUGACUGACAUUAAAGAGCUAAACCUUCUCUAUAAAUGCAACUCCACCAUCGCAUUUCUAAUGCACUGUAGUUUUUCUGAUGGAACCAUGUGUGAAAUGACCAAAUGCUCAAAAACAUUAAAUGGUUGGAAAAUCGUGUCGCAAACUGAUGGACAACCUUCCUUUGACCACACAAGUCUAAACUCUACUAUGCACAGUGUAGGCCCAAGUUACUUUAUGCAUGUGAGCACUGCAACUGGACUGGAGGGAGACUCAGCCUGGCUGGAAACCAAGAGGAUGACGCCUAAAAGGGAGUGCCAUGUCCAGUGUCUGCAGUUCUACUACUUUCACAGUGGAAGUGUAUCAGACCAGCUCAACAUCUGGUUCAGAGAGUUUCAAGAUGAGCAUGAUGUCACAGGACAGCGCCAUCUAGCUGCACAGAUAACAGGUCAGUUAACAUCGCACUGGCAGCUGCAUCAUGUUUCCUUAAAUGCAACAAAGUCCUUCCAGGUAGAGUUUGAAGUGAGAAAAGGAGCUGGAAAUUCUACAGGUGGCAUCUCAAUUGAUGACAUCAAUUUGUCAGAACUGGAGUGUCCACAUGUUACGCUGCAGAUAAAUGAUUUUGAACAAAGUUCAGGAAAGAGUCGUGUGUACUACACCCCAUCUCAGCAAUCUAAAGAAGGCUAUGUGUACAGAUUUGGAGCAAUAGUCUAUGAAAGUGGUUCAGAGGCAGUGUUUGUGCAGAUGUUAUCUGGCAACUUUGAUAAUCUGCUGGAAUGGCCUGUCCCACGCAGACAGGUAGUUUUGCAAUUUGUAGAUCAACAUCCCAACAUCCAGUUACAGAUGUCCAAGCAAGUCAUUUUCACCAGUGGUAAGAGGAACUCAAAUUGGGAUAAUCCUAGAAAAAACGGGAAUUACUUUGUGGAUGAAAACAAUCAAACUGUCUACUCUGGUCCAAUAAUUGGUUAUAUGUACACAAGGAACACAGUAAAUUACAGAGACAUCUUUAAGGGAAACAGUGCAGUUUUCACUUUCAGCUUCCAAGAUCUUACUCCUGUUGUCGAUGGAUCAACUCUUCCCUGUCCUGAGCUACAGAUGAUGACUCUUACAGCUCCUCAAAUGGAACAAGACUUGGGCCCAUGUUCUGCACAAAUCUCCACAUCCACUCACGCAACUACUACAUCGUCAAGUGUUGUAACUACACCUUCAAGUACUUCAACAAAACAUAUAGCUACAUCUACACUAUCAACUACUGCAACACCAGCAAGUACUAGAAUAGUAACAUCAAGUACUGCAACAAUGGCGUCAAGUAUGACAACACCACCCUCAAGUACUACAACAACCCCAUCUAGUUCUACAACUACACUCAACACUGUCAAGAACUACAACACGACCCUCAAGUACUACUACAACACCCUCAAGUACUACAACAACACUGUUGAGUACUACAACAACACUGCCAAGUACUUUAACAACUGCCUCAAGUACUUCAACAACACUGUCAAGUACUACAACACCGGCAAGUACUACAACAUCAAGUACUGCAACAAUGCUGUCAAGACUUCAACAGAAUUGUCAAGUACUAAUACAACAUUGUCAAGUACUUCAACAAUACCCUCUAGUACUUCAACAACACCAUUAAGUACUGGAACAACAAGGUACUACAACAUCACUAAGUACUUCAACAAAAUUGUCAAGUACUACAAUACCAUUGAGUAUUUCAACAACAUUGUCAAAUACUUCAACAAUAGCUUUGAGCACUUCAGCAACACCAUCAAGUACUACAACAAUGCUGUCAAGUACUACAAAUACACCAUCAAAUACUACAGCAACACUGUCAAGAACUACAACACAACCCUCAAGUACUACUACAACACCCUCAAGUACUACAACAACACUGUUGAGUACUACAACAACACUGCCAAGUACUUUAACAACUGCCUCAAGUACUUCAACAACACUGUCAAGUACUACAACACCGGCAAGUACUACAACAUCAAGUACUGCAACAAUGCUGUCAAGUACCACAACACCACCCUCAAAUACUACAACAACACCACCACAAAGGACUUCAACAGAAUUGUCAACAAACCUGUCGAGAACUACAACACCACCCUCAAGUACUACAACAACACCAUCCAGUUCUACAACUACACUGUCAAGUACUACAACAACACCUGCUACAACUACAUUCUCAAGUACUACAACACCGACAAAUACUUCAACAACAACACCAGGUACUUCAACAACACCCUUGAGAACUUCAACAACAACUCCAAGUACUAUAACAACACCAUCUGGUACUAUAACACCAUCAAGUACUACAACAACACCCUCAAGUACUUCCACAACAGCUUCUAG